AUGAUUACGAUGCGCACAUUGUUUAAGCCUGCUGAUUGGUUGCUGUUGGCGCGAAGGUGGUCCUGGUUUCGUUAUUCGGUGCUUUGGGGACAAAGAGCAGUCUUGCUGUUUUUGCCGACUGUAUAUCCCUCAGGUUGGAUAUAACCACACACACCGAAAUGGCUGAUAAAGAAGCAGCAGCGUUCGACGAUGCGGUGGAGGAGCGGGUGAUCAACGAGGAGUACAAGAUCUGGAAGAAGAACACCCCGUUCCUCUACGACCUGGUGAUGACGCACGCCCUGGAGUGGCCGAGUCUCACCGCGCAGUGGCUGCCCGAUGUCACCAGGCCGGAGGGGAAGGACUUCAGCGUGCACCGGCUGGUGCUGGGCACGCACACCUCGGACGAGCAGAACCACCUGGUCAUCGCCAGCGUCCAGCUGCCCAACGACGACGCGCAGUUCGACGCGUCGCACUACGACAGCGAGAAAGGAGAGUUUGGCGGUUUCGGCUCGGUGAGCGGGAAGAUUGAGAUUGAGAUUAAGAUCAACCACGAGGGCGAGGUGAACCGCGCGCGCUACAUGCCCCAGAACCCCUGCAUCAUCGCCACCAAGACCCCCACCAGCGACGUGCUCGUCUUCGACUACACCAAGCACCCUUCCAAACCAGACCCUUCUGGAGAGUGCACCCCAGACCUGCGUUUGAGGGGUCACCAGAAAGAGGGGUACGGCCUCUCCUGGAACCCCAACCUGAGCGGCUGCCUGCUCAGCGCGUCCGACGACCAUACAAUCUGCCUGUGGGACAUCAGCACCGUGCCGAAGGAAGGGAAGGUGGUCGACGCGAAGACCAUCUUCACCGGGCACACGGCGGUGGUGGAGGACGUCUCCUGGCACCUGCUGCACGAGUCGCUCUUCGGCUCCGUGGCCGACGACCAGAAGCUCAUGAUCUGGGACACUCGCUCCAACAACACGUCCAAGCCCAGUCAUGCGGUGGAUGCCCACACAGCCGAGGUCAACUGCCUGUCCUUCAACCCCUACAGCGAGUUCAUCCUGGCCACCGGCUCGGCCGACAAGACUGUGGCUCUCUGGGAUCUGCGCAACCUCAAACUGAAACUGCACUCCUUCGAGUCCCACAAGGAUGAGAUCUUCCAGGUGCAGUGGUCGCCCCAUAACGAAACCAUCCUAGCCUCCAGCGGGACAGACAGGCGCCUCAACGUGUGGGACCUCAGUAAAAUCGGAGAGGAACAGUCUCCUGAGGAUGCUGAGGACGGCCCCCCUGAACUCCUGUUCAUCCAUGGCGGGCACACGGCCAAGAUCUCGGACUUCUCCUGGAACCCCAACGAGCCCUGGGUCAUCUGCUCCGUCUCCGAGGACAACAUCAUGCAAGUCUGGCAGAUGGCAGAGAACAUCUACAACGACGAGGACCCAGAGGGAGCGGCAGACACGGAGGUGCAGGGAUGAGACCCCGCCCACCUCCUGCUGCCCCGCCCAUUCCCCACGGCCACGCCCUCUCAAUGAAUAUUCCUGGCACAGUGGCAGAUAGAGCUGCUCUUUAUUUACAAACAGCCAAUCACUGGACAGAGUCAUUUAUAACAGAGAGACAAGUGACACAACAGCAAGUUUUUCCAACUUGCAAUUAAUACAAGAAAGAAAAAAAAACAGAAAAUGUAUUUUUUAAAUGAAAAUUGCUCUUGUGGUGUUACAUCUUUUUAAAAAGAAGUGCAUGUUUAUUGCAGCAAUUCAGUCCUAUUUUUUAUGUUGGAUUGUUUUGUUUUUACACCUCCUCAUUCAAAGGUACUUCAGCAUUUUUGUUAUUUAACAAGCCCCCUGACUGAAUUAAUAAUUCAGUCCUUUCCCUCUCUUCUUCUGAAGUACCUUACCUAUGUGACAGAUUCAGAUUCUCUUCUUCACAGCCCUUGGUUUUCGCGUGCUCUUGCUUAUCAACUACAGCCAUUUUUUUUUUUUGUCAGGAAGGCCGAUAUCUGAAGGAACUGUGGUGCCGGAAAGUUCCGGACUCUCACACUUGUCAUGGCUUCGGUCCAGAACGACGAGGCGUGUCGCGUUGGCUGUCCGUUUUGAUUUUCUUUCGAGUCGCGAGACCGUGCUGUGACAUGCGUUUGUGUCCCCUUGUACUUUUCUCUGCUUUUUUUUUUUUAGGUAACUGUAUAAAGUCAAUUGAUGAUAAUAAAUUGUUUUGUAUCUA